AAAUAGAGGCUUUUCAGUCGCAGGAGGCGACUGAUUGUAGUCUUCGGCAAGAGAGCUGUACGUGUGAUAACACAAAGGGAUAUCGAGAAUCGCAAACAUGGGCGUCAAAUUAUAUUAUACCACCGUUACUGCAUCCAGAGAGGUGAAGUCUCAGCAGGCAGAGGUGAUGAGGAUACUGGAGAGUAAGAGCAUCCAGUACGAGCUGAUUGACAUCUCAGUGGGCGGGGAGGUCAGGGACGAGAUGAGAAGCAAGGCAGGGAACCCCACGGCUGUCCCGCCACAGAUCUUCAAUGAGGAUCAGUACUGUGGGAACUAUGAGAUGUUUUCGGACGCAGUGGAGGAGGACAAAGUGGAACAGUUUCUGAAGAUGGCGUGAUGAGGAAGUGUUGUGUGUCACCCCCCCCCCCCCCACCACACCCCUAGGGAGGCCCGUUGACUACCCCUCUGGCGGUGCCCGCCAUCUCUCUCAAUGCCAUGAUGAAUGCCAAAUACAACCAACCAAUCAAAAGGCACACACACCACUUCCCACCCCGCCCCGCUGGACUCUUACCUAACCACUGUUAAUAUGAUUGUGUAUGUUUUAUACGGCACUUAUUAUGCUCUCUCUGUUUCUUUCGUCACCGUUUCCCUUUGUGGUCCUUCCUGGUCAGGAUCUGGGUUCAAAUACUUUCAAAUAAUUUCAAAUGCUUAAGUGGUGCUUGAUUUAAGUGUUCCUGUUGCAAUUGAACCAAUAUAAAUGUCCAAAAAGGGCAAACCCCACCCACCUGGCACUCCAUGCAGACAAAAGCAAAUGCUUAAGUAUUUGUACGAUUUGGAAUAGUAUUUGAACCCAGGCCUGCCUGGUCUGACGUGUUCAUGUCACUAAUCAGUCUGUCUGGUCUGUGGGAUCAAUGGAGCUGCUUAAUCUAGAUGUGUGGUAAUUAGGUCAGAUAAUCUGGGCUGCCACCACAUGUGGUCAAUGUAGGUCCACUAAUCCAGAGGCUAACAUUCACCAGGAAUCUAUCUUCAUGAUCGUUCCCUUGCCCAAGGGGAGAAAUGCCCUGACAUUACCAUUUUAUUCCCUAUACUGACCUGGUCAAAUGCAGUGCACUAUGGCUGCGUUUACACAGGUAGCCCAAUUCUGAUCUUUUAAAAAAAACGAAUUGUAUUUUUAACCAAUCACAUCAGAUCUUUCCACACAGAUCAUUUUCAGAGCAGACUAUGAAGGGAAUAGGGGGCCAUUUCAGACCCAGACCAAACAAACAGAAUACAGUAUACUUGGUUUUCAUUACUUAGACUUAACAGUGUGUCUUUUUUCCUUCCCUGGCCUUCUUGACUUCCAUGUUGUUCAUAUCGAGAGACAAAGUCAUUUUCAAAAUGUACUUGGGCCUACUGUAGACAUCAACAUGUAUAGGCGAACGUAGCAUGGAGAAUGUAGAAGCCAACAAUCACAGAACCUUAAAGAAAUGUGAAUUGUGGUAGAGACGGAAUAAGUUAAUUGGAUUCUACUUUGGUCCAAAACAUUUAAAUGCUUAGCAUGCCAAUGGUGUCAAAGGUCCAUUCUGGAAAGGUGAGUCUACUGUGGAGAAUUACAGAAUAUGGUAAAAACAGACAGACAGCAUUCCAUAGUGUUAAACUUGGUGCCAAUAAAUAUCUGUGAGAAUGUGUUUUUCAGCUGGAUACAGUCACCGUUGAUCUCAAUAUAGUCUUACUUUACUCUCUGUUACUGCAUUCCAAAGACUGCUGUAUUUUUUAGAAGACCACUUACAUUUUCUGGGAAUUACCUGAUCUUCAAUCAUUGGUCUUACAUAGACAUGAAAUAAGACAUAUUUAGAGGACAUUGUCGCAAAACUACAUAACACUGUUAAUGGUACUACAGCUGUACAUCCUUACUGUAAGAUAACUGAGUUUGAGUAUUAUAACCCACUGAAUUUAUAAGCCCCAAUUACUGGUUUGGACUCAUUACUGUGAUAAUGUCUAAUUCAAUCUUGAUCCAGCUUGAAGAUGCAGUAAAGACAACUAUGCACAUUAAACUCUGCCUCAUAUUUCCACUGUUGUGCUGACGCUUGGCUCCUGAGUGGAUAAAGAAAGUGUUUCAGAUUGAACUGACUCAAUCUCAGCCUUAGAUAAAACUCACUUACCCAAUGGGAAAGUAGAAAGCCUCACUUUUAGUGCUUCAAGUGUCUGCUACUCAUCUUUCUUCCAGCUGGUUUCUCAUCCAUGGGAUGUUGUGAAAAACAUAUGUGCCGUUACAUGUGUAGAGUCUCACAUCUUUUCCCCAGUGUGUCAUCCUCAUUUUAAAGAAUAUUUCCCCCAAUGUAAUCCCUCUACUUGAGCAUACCUAUAAUUACAACCCCUGGUUCCACACAUAGGAACCUUGAUUUCCAUCUAUCUCAGACGAAGUCUGGCAACGUGCCACCACAUGCAUAGUAUAUCUGGGUAUGUAGGUGUGGGACCUCUAUUCUGUAAUGGCAGCCUUCACAAUGUUUGUCAUUUGAUGGUGGUAGAUGUGUUAUUGGUCAAUGACGUGUAGCUAUUCUCUAUCAACUAUAUGUUCAAAUUUCCAUGUAUCUCUCUUCGAACUACUGCUUUGCUUUUGGACCAAAGCCCCUUUGGGCAAAAUAAAGAAAAAAGAAAAUACAGGGAAUGAGAUGCUGUUGUCUUCCAAGAAGAUUGUGAAAAAAGGUCAAGGUUUAUGGGUCAAAUAAAAUGGAAUUAUGUCUAA